AUGAGAGCAGCCGUUUACAAGGGAGAGCGUGUCCUCGAGGUCGAGGAGAUUCCGACGCCUACGGCGGGUACGGGCGAAGUGGUGAUUCGGGUGCGAUACUGCGCGGUGUGCGGGACGGAUGUGCAUGCGUUCAUGUACGAUGUGGCGCCGCCGGGCACGGUGAUGGGGCACGAAUACUGCGGCACCGUUACUGAAGUCGGCGAGGGCGUGACGCGCUGGCAGGUCGGCGAUCGCGUGGUUGGCGGCGGCGGCAAUCCUCCGCCGGGGUAUGUGCCGAGCGGCCCGCGCAACGACCCGCGCUACAACUAUCGCACGAUGGGCUUUCCGGAGGGCGCGAAGACGCGCGCAUACGCGGAGUAUGUGCAGCUAGAGGACUGGGAGCCGAUGCCGAUACCGGACGGCGUAUCCGAUGAAGAAGCUGCGCUUGCUGAGCCGUGCGCGGUGACAGUGCAUGCCGUGCGGCUGUCGCAGAUAAAGCUGGGGGAUCGCGUGCUGGUGAUGGGCGCGGGGCCGAUCGGGCUGUUCUGCAUGCAGACUGCAAGGGCGGCGGGUGCGACAUCGGUGUUCGUGUCGGAGCCUGCGCCUGCGAGGGCAGAGGCGGCGCGCAGUCUUGGAGCUGAUGCGGUCAUCAACCCCUUUACCGAGAAUGUGGAAGAGCGCCUUGUGGAGUUGACAGACGGCGUGGGGCCGGACAUCGUGUUCGAGUGCGCUGCCGUGCCAAAUCCGUCAACGCUCGACAGUGCGCUGAACAUCGUAAAACGUGGCGGCCAGGUGGUGCUGGUGGCUAUCGCGUGGGAGCCGACGCCGCUGGUUACGCCGGACUGGAUGGCGCGCGAGGUGAAGUUGCAAGCAUCGUUUCGGCACACAGCCGGAGGACUGGCGCGUUGCGCUGGAGCUGAUGCGCGCGGGACUGGUGAAUGUGGAGCCUAUGAUUGGCGAAACGAACUUCCUGCCGCUGGACGAUAUACAGGGUGCGUUUGA